CACUGGGACCAAUACACUGACGUGCACAAAAACGAUUGGAGCAAAUGAUGUAAAUUGGGCCUAUGAUGGGACUUUUACGGUUACUGCCGAAAACAGAGCAAUGAACAAUGAUGUAAUGACUGAUACUAUGGCAUUUUCUGUCACAGUGUACAAAGAUGUCGUGGCUACAAUCACACCCAGUUCAGAAGAAACCAUUACUUACCACGAGGAUAAAACCAUCACCUGUAAAGUUGAAGGUGGGCUGUCACCCCAUCAGGUUGAUCUUAUCCUGCCUAAUCUAGGAACCAAAACAUGGAAAAAAGAUGGGUCAGUGGAAUCCCUCUCAUGUUCUGGUGAACAUGUACUAACUUGUAUACAUACUUUUACACCUGAGUACGACUCGGACGGUGACUAUAAGUGUAAAGGAUACAAUGAAGGCCGGAGUGGUCAGAGAGAAAACAAGUCAGAGAUCAAAUUAACAACCGUGAGACAAACACAGGUGAAUGUCUUGAAAGAGACAAUAUCAGUACUUAAUAAUGGGGUUAUCGAAGUAGAUUGCAUCAUUGUUGGAAAGCCCUUGGUCGACAUAACCUCUGUCACCUGGACACAUAGUAAAGAUUUGGAUUUUGAUUUGAGCAAAUCUGUGACUAUUGUCAAGGGAAAGCAAGAUGACUUUACACUGAAUUCAACGCUAAGAGUGAAAAACCCCUUAACAACGUACACUGGCACAUUUAACUGUAAUGUUGUAGAUCAUGACGGCGAAACUAUUUCAAAGGCAGUGAAUGUGUACAUAAAUAACCGGGAAUUCUUAGAACCACCAAAGGUCACUUACAAUGACGCGGAAUUCAUUGAGACGGGGUCUCAGAUAUCUAUCACUUGUCUUGUCCAAGGAUUUCCCGCACCGUCAGCAAGUCUAACCUAUGAAGGACAAUAUAGUAUGUUAGAAACCACUGAACGUCAAUCUAGAACUUCUACGAAGCUUGUGUUCAGUGUCACAACAACAUGCGACUAUCUUAACUUGAAUUUCUCCUGUAACGUCAAAACUACGACUUCAUCAGAAGUAUUGAAAGCGUCUACGGAAAUAGUUGGUCCUAGUAUUACAGGGUGUGAAAGCAACCCCAAACAAAAUAUUGGAGUCUUGAUAUCAUCAGGUGUGGCAGUGCUCUUCUUUAUCACUUCAAUAGUGGCUGGAGUUUAUAUUCUACGCUCACGACGCAAUCAGAAUAGUUCAUCUGCUGGAAAUGUGGUCUAUGCAAAUGCUGUUGUUUCCAAACUGAAAGGAGGGGAGUUGACGAUGGAAAGGAUGGAAGCUGAAGUCAUCACCCUGUCUGGACACAACUAUGAUAAUGUUGUUCUCCAUGUUACCCCCGAAGAGGCUACUUAUGUCAACACAAUUGCUGGAACCUCGCCCACUACUGGUCAUGUGUAUAAUGACGUUGUGAUCCGAACUGUUUCUGCACCAGAUGAUACACCAUAUGAUUAUGCUCGAAACGAAGACAUAAUAAGACAUAAUAUUAAAGAACCUACAAUUUAUCACAAUCAUGAAUUGAAAUAAAUCACAAUCACGAGUUAAGAUAAAAUAUCUUUACAUUUAAAGUUGAUUUAUGCCUAUUAUGAGUAAUUCAUAUAUCGCUACGG